GUAAACAAAUACGUGUUCGUAAAAGGUGUGUCAUCAGUUGAAGUGUUUGAUUUGAUGUCAGUCUCGUAAUUGAUACUAGGAGGAGGAGGAAUGAGGGAAUAAAUUCAGCACUCCGAGGAGAAGCAGCGGCAAGAGGGGCAGACAAACACUCAUAAAGGAGGAGGAGCCGGCGAGGGUGGCCUACACAUGGCGGCACAAGUGGCUGCGGUCUGGCGCUUUGGCAUCUUGGGCUGACGCCAGCCUUGCAGUAUCGGCACUUCAAUGACAUUAUGGUCCCUCCGCCCCCACCACCGUGCGCAGUGCACCCAACAAGCGAGUCCUUGCCUUCCAGUAAUUUGGCAUGUCACUGCAACGGUAUCUCAAAUUAAAUUAUACAUUAUGUUUUUAUAAUCAAUUAAUCAAUUCGCAUUGUUAUUUGUAAAAAUUAAAAUAUAAUUAAUUUGAAACGCCAAUCAAAUUCUCGUAUUAAUUACACAGAUUUUGACUGUGUUUUUGUGUCUGUUAUAGACUCAUGGAGGGUUUUGGGGGCCAAGAUUGUGUCGGCAAGACAGGAUUUUGUGUUGGGAAUUGUGGAGAGAUUUUAGAGCCUGCUGCUCUCUGAGUUAGGUCAUUUGGUAAUUUUCUGUUAAGUGGAAGGGCAAACGACUAAUGAAGAGCCUAUUGGCUCUGCUUUUGAUUCUGGCAUUUACUAGUGCUGCUCAGUAUGAUGGAGAAGGGAAGGACGGAGAAUGCGAAGGGAAUAAGCUUUUCGAUCCAAGACCUCACAGUGUGUCACUCUUGGAGUUUGGAGCAGUUGGAGACGGGAAAACAUUGAACACGGUCGCGUUCCAAAAUGCUAUUUUCUAUGUCAAGUCGUUUGCUGACAAGGGCGGUGCUCAGCUCUAUGUUCCGCCCGGAAGGUGGCUUACCGGAAGUUUUAACCUCACCAGCCACCUCACGCUCUUCCUGGAAGCUGGCGCCAUCAUUCUUGGAUCCCAGGAUUACACUCACUGGGAAACUGUGGAACCCCUGCCUUCUUAUGGUAGAGGGAUUGACUUGCCGGGUUGGAGAUAUCGUAGUUUGAUCAACGGAGACAAUCUAACCGAUGUGAUGGUAACAGGUGAUAAUGGAACCAUUGAUGGACAGGGUUCCGUCUGGUGGGAACAAUUCAGCUAUCAUGCCUUGAAUUAUAGCCGACCACAUCUAGUGGAAUUUACCGGAUGUGAAAAUGUUACUGUAUCGAAUUUAACCCUCUUGAACUCCCCUGCUUGGCACAUUCAUCCGACAUACUGCAGCAAUGUGCAAGUUCUAAACAUAACUCUUCAUGCUUUUCAUGCAUCUCCAUAUACUAGCGGUAUAGUCCCAGAUUCUUCAGAAAAUGUUUGCAUUGAGAACUGCAACAUUAGUGUGGGGCAUGACGCAAUUGUUCUCAAGAGCGGUUGGGAUGAGUAUGGAAUUGCCUUCGGAAAACCAACAAAAAAUGUGCACAUCCGUGGCGUUAACAUUCAGUCUUCUUUAGGCUCUGGCCUGGCAUUUGGCAGCGAGAUGUCUGGAGGCAUAUCGAAUGUACGUGCAGAGCAGCUUCAUCUACAUGACUCAUUCAUCGGCAUUGCACUCAAGACAGCUAUGGGAAGAGGAGGUUAUAUGAAAGACAUAGUUAUAUCCAAUGUCGAAAUGGAGAACAUUCACUUGGCAAUUGAGGCUACUGGUCAGAUCGGUUCGCAUCCUGAUGAAAAAUAUGAUCCUGAUGAACUACCAGUAGUUAAAGGAAUCACCUUUGAGAAUAUGGUAGGUACUAAUAUUACAUUAGUCGGAAACUUUUCUGGACUCAAAAAAUCGCCUUUCACAUCCAUCUGUCUCUCGAAUAUCUCCUUCUCCCUCACUUGGAAUUCGUCUACCUCAUGGUUCUGUUCCAACGUGAUCGGUUUUUCGCAGGAAGUUUCUCCCAAACCAUGUCCAAAUCUCCAAGUCUCGGCUUUUAACUCUUCCGCAGCUUGCUUCUUUCCCUUAUAUAAUUAUGCUUCAGUUUUGUGAGAUCAACGUCGAAAAGACAAAAUCAUUGGUUUUUUGCAAUCUGUACAUGAGAUACCAUUUAUACAGGAGAAUUUUCCAAUAAAGCUCCAACUUCGUAUCUUCCAUCUCUUUGAAUACAAACAGGCAUUCUCUGCCUUGCUACGAGAUCUUUUCAAGUGUUAGCGGCGUCCUGAUAGGCUCACGUAGGGCCUCAUCUCUUCGUGUACAAGGAAAUUUUGGUAGUGCAGUACAACUCAGAUAGCCAUUUGCUUCCGUUGUGUCUUUAUUUUCCUUUGAUUACCUUUAGCUACGAUGUAAAUUUCGUGUAAUGUGGAUUGAUACCAGAUUAAUUUUCUGGCACAGAGAGGUUAAGUGACUGAUGUGAUUGAAAUUAUGAGUAAUUCUUGUUUAAUGUCCUGAUUCAGUCAAGUUUGGUAAUGAAUGGACUUGUGGAUCUUGCACGUAGUUGGUUCCGUCA